UUCCGUGUCUCCAUCCCCGUGUCUCAUUGUGAGGGGGCCGCGGGUGGGUGGGGGUGUUACAAACAUGUAACGCCGGACAGCACCUGACACAGUAGAAGAGGGCUCCUCUCCCGUUUUUCUAGCACUAUUUCUUUUUAUUCUUGUUUUUAUUCAUUUUUAAUAUUUUUUUUUGUUCUCGGAUACCCUCCUCCUCCGCCUGGACGCGGGCAGCCAUCCAAAAUGAGCGAGGAGAUAUCAGAUGUGCCCAGAGAGCUGCUUGAGAGUGUGAAGGAUGCUGUGGGCAGAAGGAUUAAGCUUUCUGUGAAGAAGAAAGUCAAGCUGGAAAUCAAAGGGGAUAAGGUGGAAAAUCGAGUUCUGGCUCUCUCUGCUCAUCGGGCGUACCUCCUGACAGCACGUGUCCCCGCCAAGGUUGAACAGUCUUUCAAUUAUUUGGAAAUUCAAGGGAUCACCUGUAACAAGCCAACACAGCUCACAGUGGAGCAUGACAGAGGUGUGACGUCCAUGAAGCUGGCAGCUCCUGAAGACGUGAACGAUGUGGUUGCCCACAUUGGGCAUAGUCUACAGAGGAUAUGUCCUGGUCUGUCCCCUGUGAAGGUGAUGAAGAAGCUGUUCCUGGAGCCGCCAGACCGGGUCUCAGACCUACAGGCGCAGUGGGAGAAACAGAGCACAGUGGAACCUGGACCUUGUGGUGGCUUCUCGCAGAUGUACAAAUGUGUGUGCGACUGGCUGGGGCAACCUUACCGGGACGAGGUGCAGUGGGAUGUGGAUACGAUCUACUUAACGCAGGACACAAGGGAAUUGAACCUGCAGGAUUUUAGUCAUCUUGAAAACAGGGACUUGGUGGCCAUCAUAGCAGUUCUGGAGUAUAAUCAGUGGUUCACAAAACUUUCCAUAAAAGACUACAAACUGUCCUCAGAUGUGUGUGAUCAGAUCCUUCGAGUGGUUGCCCGGUCAAGUCGCCUGGAAGAGCUAGUUCUGGACAACGCAGGACUCAAAACUGAUUUCGCACAGAAGCUUGCCAAUGCCCUCAGCCAUAACCCAAACUCAGGACUUCACACCAUCAACCUUGCCAAUAAUCCUCUUGAAGACAGAGGUAUUGCCUCAUUGAGUGCCCAGUUUGCCAAACUUCGAAAAGGGCUCAAACAUUUGAAUUUUUCAAGAACCUCGUUAUCAGCCAAAGGGGUGAACUGCCUUGCCCAGUCACUGAGUGCCAAUCAGUCAAUCCCCAACACCCUCGCACACCUCGAUCUCUCAGGGAAUAUGCUCCGAGGAGAUGAUCUCGGGAGUCUGUACCAAUUCCUGGGCCAGCCUAACUGCCUGAGCACCUUGGACCUAUCCAACACAGACUGUGCGCUUGACUUGGUGUGUUGUGCUCUUCUGCGAGGCUCUGUUCAGCACCUCUCUGUUCUCAACCUGUCGAAAGGUGUCUUCGCAAACAGGAAAGGCAAGGACAUCCCUCCUGCUUUCAAGCAGUUCUUCAGUAGCGCCUUAGCCCUCAGCAGCAUCAACGUGUCCGGCACCAAGCUACCCCCUGAAGCCCUCAAAGCCCUUUUACUCGGUCUCGCCAGCAAUCACAACCUGAAGGAGGUGUCACUGGAUCUCAGCAGUUGUGAGCUUGGCCAUUGUUUACGGUCUGGUGGCUCCCAGGUACUGGAAGGCUGCAUUGCAGAGGUCACCAACAUCUCAAGCCUGGAUAUAUCUGAUAAUGGUUUGGACUCUGAUCUCACGACUUUCUUGGUGUGGCUGUCAAAAAACCGGUCCAUCCGGCACCUCUCCCUGGGGAAGAAUUUCAACAACAUCAAGUCAAAGAAUUUGGCUCCUGUUCUGGACAACCUGGUGCACAUGAUACAGGACGAGGAGUCUCCACUGACAUCCCUUUCGCUGGCUGACUCCAAGCUCAAGAGUGACCUGUCCAUUAUCCUCAAUGCCCUGGGAAGCAACACCUCCCUCACAAAGGUGGACAUCAGUGGCAAUAGCAUGGGGGACAUGGGAGCCAAGAUGCUGGCCAAAGCCCUGCAGAUUAACAGCAAGCUCAGGACAGUCAUCUGGGACAAGAAUAACAUCAGCCCUCAAGGUCUCCAGGAUGUAGCAGCAGCUCUGGAGAAGAAUUUCACCAUUCGCUUCAUGCCAAUUCCCAUCAUCGAUGCAUCCCAAGCCCUCAAAAUAAGUCCAGAGAAGACAGAGGAUGCCCUUAUGAAGAUUGAGAACUACCUGUUCCGAAACCAUGAGACUCGCAAAUACCUGCAGGAGCAGGCCUAUCGACUCCAGCAGGGCAUCGUCACGACAACCACGCAGCAGAUGAUAGACAGGGUGUGCGUGAAGCUUCAGGACCACCUCAAUUCCCUGAGAAACACAGAGACGGACACCAUCCUGGAGGAUGUGAAGACAGCUGAGAACUUCAUGAAAGAUGCCAAGAACUCCAAAACGCUCCUGCCCAAGCUGUACCACCUGGGCACCUCUUCCUCCACUUCUCGCGGGGAAGCCAGUAACACUUCCGCCGGCCCUAUCCAGGACAAGCUGGAGUCCAUGGCUGGGGAGGUGACCCGGGUAAUGGAUGAGCAACUGCAGAACCUUCUGGAAUCCAUGAUGGAUACCGCAGAGGGCCUCUGCCCACAUGUGUUGAAGAAGACAAACCUGCGGCAGGACCUAAUAAAGGCCAGCGCCAGCAAGAUGGUGGUCCCCCGCAGUUUCGUCAAGGAAACCCUGCUGGAGCAAUCCGGUAAUGACAUCAUUAACAAGAUCAGUGAACUGAAACUGGGUGUAGCAUCCUUCCUUUCCGACCGGAUUGUUGAUGAGAUCCUUGAGGCACUCUCCAGCUCUCAACGUGCUCUGGCAGAGCACCUUGCCAGGAAGGGCCAGCCCCUGUUGCAACAGGAGUCUGUGGAAGUGGAGACCCCAGAGGAGCGGGCCCCCAAGCGAGCCACUGCAGAACUCGCAGAAGCAGAGCGCCUUGAUGAGCUCGAAGCCUGCAUGAUGACGCCCAAGUCGAAGAGGAAGAGCAUUCACAGCAGAAUGCUUCGCCCGGUGUCCCGCGCCUUCGAGAUGGAGUUUGACCUGGAUAAGGCUCUGGAGGACGUGCCAAUCCAUGUGGAGGACCCUCCUCCUCCUGCCAAGCUUGAGAAGAAGUCCUCUGUAGGGAUGGGGGACCUGCCCUCAGAGGAGGCCAAGAAGCUGCAGCAUUACACCAAACUACGGCCCAAGAGGAACAAGAAGCGGCAGUCAUUCAAAGUGCCACAGAUCAGUACAACCCCAUCUCAGGAGGGGGAGCAGAAUGGCCUCAUGGGAAGGGUGGACGAGGGUGUGGAUGAGUUCUUCUCCAAGAAGGUCACCAAACUGGAGACUAAACGGCCCACCCUGAAGAGCUCUGAAUCCCAAGAUGGGGAGAAGAAGCGUGAAACUCGCAAGGGUGGCUUCUUGAACCUCAUCAAGUCAAGAUCUUCUAAAUCAGACAAGAACCACUCCACCUCCACAGCAACAGGAGCACCAGUGACAGCAACCUCAGCAACAGCAGCCCCAACAACUGUUGCCCCGGUGACCCCAACCCCAGCAACAACAGGGACAGGAGAGCCCCCAUCCCCCAAGAACCAUGUCAAGAGCCCUGCACCAGAGCCCCCUAAGUCCAAGGAGUCAAAAGUCGUUCCUGCAGACUGCAGCAGCAGCUCAGACCGCUCAGAAGAGCUCAAGACCCCAGAUUCAAUGGAUGAGCACUCUGAGGGAGACGGCAAGGGCAGCCCACAGGGAGGCCGGCGUUACGGUGUCCAGGUGAUGGGCAGCGGCCUCCUGGCAGAGAUGAAGGCCAAGCAGGAGAAGAGGGCAGCCGGUGCCCAGAAGACCCCAGAAUCCUCGUCCAUCCCAGACAAUCCAGAUGGCAGUGGAUCAGUGAGGGGGAUCUCUAUCUCACCAGAGAGUCGGCCACUGGCAACAACCAAACCUGAAGGCGCUGUGAGUUCUCCAGAGAAGAGUCCUCGAAGCGAAGGCAAGCCAGAGACCGCACCUAGACCACGCUGUGGCUCUGCCAACCGCCCACCAGCUAGUCCCAAACCCCUCCUGCAGGGCCCCAAACCUGCCCUAGCAGCCCGUCCUGCUGUGCCCCUGAAGCCCCGCACUGGCAGCACCAGAAGCACAGAUGAUGGCUCUGAUUCACUGGGUGGGAACCCAUCUCAAAAAGGGCCCUUGAUGGCCCACACCACAAGGAGGAUUCCCUCAGACAAGGAAAAAGAGGGGCAGAGCAGCCCUCUUUUGGUGGGUGCUGGGGGCAAGUCUCCAGCUCCUGAAGUGGAUCUUAUGGGAGGCGGUAACGUGUUUGAUUUCGAUCGCGAGCCCGAUAAGCCUGUGGCCAUCUCGAGAGUCCGAGGCUCCCGGCUGUACUCUACAGGCUCUGCUGAGGAAGUGGCCGAGCGGGAGCGCAGGGAGUCCCUCCCUCCACCUGCAGCAAGAUCAGUCUCUGCCGUGGACAUGCAGCGGCAGAACCCGAACCGCCACAACUCAGACGACAACUCCAAAGCCAAGGAAAAAUCUCCAAACCAAGACAAAGACAAAAACCAAGGGACAAGGCCCACAAACUCUACCGAGAACCCAGAUAAAGACUUUAUUUUUAUAUGACAAAAAAAAACAGACGCAAGACUUAAGCAAACAGGCAAACGGGCCUGGAAACGUUCUGCUUCCGUCACUGUCUUGAACCAGGAGUCAGACAAACAGUUCAGGGCAGCACACACCUCAGUCUUCUUGCAAUAUUCAGGACCAAAUGAAAGUCAUCUUUGUGUGCUGUGUCACGGCGGACAGGUGGAGAAAUCGUAAGAUACAUGACGCCAUAAGAAAUCCUUUUUACUCCCAUAACCUGAGUAAAUCAGAAAGAGAAAAGGGAUUUAAAUACUGCUGAGUGUUGGAGAGUGUCUGCAGUCACUGUGAAUUAAUAUUCCCACUGUCUGAAAGUGGAUUCCCAUUUAAAUAUCAAUUGCCCCAUCCCUCGUACCACAUCAGUUGUAUUUAUUUACCUGAACAAAUAGACUGUACCUCCUUAGAGGCUUCACACUGAACUGGCUGAACUGUUGAAUUUCACUUUUAAAUUUUCUGUAUUUGUUUAUGAUACUUAUGGUCACCAUGAUUUAGAGAACAGUGCAAGGCAUUUAAAGAUAAGCAUCCAAGCCAUCUUUUAAUAAUUAUUUCCAUUGUAAUUAUUAUUUCAUUGCUUAGCCAGCACUUCUUCCAAAAGCAACUUACAGUUUAUAGUUGGAAUUUUACUGGAGUGAUUCAGGUUAAGGACUUCUGUCAAGUGUGCAAAGUAGAGCCCCUUCUGGGAUGUGUAGCAGAAACCAUUAGACAAUAGGAUUUCGUCCUUAACCUCCCUUCCACCUGCUGGCUAUAACUUCUCUUGAAUUAAUAUUUUUUUCUCCAGCUUUUUUCUAGUUUCAACUUCACAGUCACAUGAUGUCACUUGGUAUUGUCCCUGAGACUGUAGUGGGAAAAAAGUGUAUUAUUCCUCUGUCGCAUUUCAUUGUGUUCAUUCCUUCAAAGCAGAAAAAGAACUUAAAGGGUACUUGUGUCUUACAGACUAGGCAACACUUUCGCUGCUGGAUUUGUGUAAGAUAUGCAUGUGAGGUAUAUGUAUAUAAUUGUGUGUUUCAUACAUGUAUGUGUGUAUAUAUACAUGUAAAUAUAUGCACACACAUAUUGUGUACACAAAUCUUAUAUUGCUAUGGUACUGUACUAAGCA